AUGGCCAACGCGACUAGAUCUGGCCGUCCCCUCAAGAACCUGCCUCCCUCUCCGCAUCGCGGGUCGAAUGCGAACAACGAGCCACACCUGAUGGCGACCUCGGCGGCACGCGCCAACACCGGUGCCGCUGGCGCUUUGCCUCAGGGCAAGGCCAACAACUUGUCUCGGGGCGCGGCGGGCGCGGGCGGACGCGCGAAGCGAGGCCUCGAUGCCAUCGAGGAAGAAAUCGAUGGCAAGGCGAACGUGAAGCGAUCGAGGAUUUCGGUCGACAUUCCUGCGGCGCGAUCGGUGGAUACGAGUCACUCGAGGACCGCUAACAGUGCGGGAGCUGGCUCCGCACGCGCCACUCAGCGGGGUACCAAGCGCUCUCACCACCAGACACAGCAAGCCCAGCAGGAGGCUCAGCGGGCUGCACCCACUACUACGACCACUAACGAUAACAACAACAGCGCCAAUUGCCAUGCGAGAGCCCCUGACGACGAGGACGACGAGACCGCGACGAAGCACGCGAACAAGAAGCAGAAAGUCCACGACUCGCAGCAUCAGCAUCAGCAUCAGCAGUCACAUAACCAUGGAGCGAAACCCACCAAGCACCAAGAGAAAGUCCGAAAUGGCAUCCAGCACGAACUCGACAAGUUGCAACCCGCGCCUGCUGAUACCAAACCCGAGGGCCGCAAGCUGAGGUCGCAGGAGACCAUUCGCUUCAAGAGCGAGCUCUCAACUUAUUUCCCCGAAUACGAUGAGAUCAUCGGCAAUGAUCCCAAGGAACAUCAUCUUCUUAACCUCGAGACCCCCAUUAUCAUCAUCGAGACAAGUCUGGCCACCGAACACGGUAAUGCGAACAACCUACUUGCGCAACAAAAGGCCUUCCUAGACUCUCCCUCGAACGAACCCCUCUUCUCCGUCCGACAUUACGGCGACGCGUCGUUCAAUAACCUUCAUGACUCGCAGCUAAUCGACUUCGGCUUCCUCGAAGCUCGAGAUAAGAACAAGGCACUCGAAGAUCCGCUGCCCGAUACCUACUUUGAGCCGGCCCACAAAAAGGCUGAGAGACUGGAGAAAUCUAUCAGAAACACAGAACGAGGCAGAGCCCAGCAUGAACGCGACCGCGUCAUCCGCCUCCUCGACGGCCUCCAAGGUCACGACUGGCUCCGAAUCAUGGGCGUCAGCGGCAUUACCGAGAGCCGCAAGAAAUCGUUCGAGCCCGCACGAGACCACUUCGUCAAGGGAUGCCAGUCAAUUCUAGAUAAGUUCCGUCGUUGGACCCUGUUCGAAAAGCGUCGCAAGCAAGAGCGAGAGCGCAUUGCCCAAGAGCAUGCGCAGAAUGAGCGAGCUCCGGCCGCCUCCUCCUCCAAGUCCCAGAAGGACUCUACUGAUACCGCCACGGCGACACACAUCGAAGAUGGUGCGACUGUUGGAGACGAUGCAUCCGUUGUGAGCGAUCCCACUAGCGAUGUGGACGCUUCAAUCGCCAAGCAGCUCCAAGAAGAGGUGCUCGCUAGGGCUCGAGUCGCUUCCGAGACCACUGCUCCCACUACUACUGCUCCUCCUACCACCAAUGGCAAUGGCGCGAAGGCUACUGCAAAGCGCAAGGGCGACAUCGCCAAGAUUACCAAGAAAACCACCAAGCGCAGCCACACCACAACUUCCGCCGCCAAACCCGCUUCCAUCACCAAAUCCGCUUCUACUAAGAAACCCGUUGCCAAGGCCAAACCCACCAAGGCUACAUCCACCAAGACCGAACUCGUCAAGGGGUUUACAUCUUUCUUCGAGAAGAAACACGAGCGCGACGCAGCCCUUAGCAGGGGACGCAGGCCCAGCCGCAAGGUUCUUGCCUGGGGUCGCCCGAUUCCUGAGAUGCCCGAGCGCGACUUUGAGCUGCCUGAGGAGCUCAAGGAUCCUGAGAUCAUCGCGGCUCUCGCGAGAAAGAGGAGGCGCGAUCGACGUGCCGGAAAGGCUUGA